AUGAGGUCACUGGGUCAAAAUCCAACAGAAGCAGAAUUGCAGGAUAUGAUCAAUGAGGUAGAUGCUGAUGGCAAUGGCACUAUCGACUUCCCUGAAUUUUUAACCAUGAUGGCCAGAAAAAUGAAGGACACAGACAGCGAGGAAGAAAUCCGUGAGGCAUUCCGAGUCUUUGACAAGGAUGGUAACGGCUAUAUCAGUGCAGCAGAGCUACGCCACGUCAUGACAAACUUAGGAGAAAAGCUAACAGAUGAAGAAGUAGAUGAAAUGAUCAGAGAAGCAGACAUUGAUGGGGAUGGGCAAGUCAACUAUGAAGAAUUCGUACAGAUGAUGACUGCAAAGUGAAGAGACCUCCUUUACACCUUUUUUCCUCUAGAAGAAUCAAAUUGAAUCUUUUACUUACCUCUUGCAAAAAAAAAAUGUUCAUUUAUUCAUUCUGUUUCUGUAUAGCAAAACUGAAUGUCAAAUUACCUUCUGUCCACAAACUGCAUGUAAUGGUUGGUGGUCCUGUCCCUAAAAGAUAAAGUUAAACAUCAGUUUUACAAUAUAAAUAAUUGUACUACCUUGAAAAUAAAAAAAAAAGGAAGCACUUAGUGAACUCGAAAGUUCCAUUUGCUAAUGACUAUUACACUGUUUGGGCUGGCCAGUUUUUCAUGCAUGCAGCUUGACAAUUGAGCACAGUCAGACAUGUGUAUUAAAAGGAAAAAAAAACCUAAAGGAUCCACUCUCUUGUUCAACAGUGGAUUCUAGUUCAAUUUGUAGUAUAAAUUGUCAUAGCUGGUUUACUUUACAAUUGGUUUAUACCUCAGGAUGGUAUGCAGCAAAAUGGUUGAAGGAUGCAAAACUUAAGGAAAAUGCCCUAAAGGUUGAAUGGUUCUCCUGUACGUAGCAGUGUGCUCCAAAAAUAGGAUGAUCUUAACUAUGGAUGGCAUGUCUGUGUUAAAAUACUGGUUUAACAUUGUCUGCAUUGCACUAUAGUGAAACGGGUGUCAGGCUGUUACCGUUCACAAAAUUUUUAAAAGAAACCUUCACCAAGGGAGCAUCUUUGGACUCUCAUAUUUUUAAAACCUUCUGUACCAUGACUUGGAGCUGGCGGAGUAGCCUGUGGACUUCAGCACAACUAUCAACAUUGCUGUUCAAGAUAUUACAAUUUAUGUCCAUUCCAAGUUGUAAAUGCUAGUCUUUUUUUUCCAAUAAAAGACCAUUAACUUAAAGGUGGUGUUAAAUGCUUUGUAAAGUUAAAAUAUAUAUAUAUAAUUGAGAUAAUAAACCAAAAAAGCAGUAGGAAGGAAGUGUUUCUAUGAAUGACUUGCUGCUAAAUUAUAAUGCACAUGUAUGCAAUAAGUUAUCCCCUAUCUUUUCAAGAUGGCAAGAACUGACCUCCUGUAACCCAAGACCUUUGCUAUAAAUAAAUGAACUUGUGCUUGCCUUUCAUAUUACGACAAUGUUAAUUUAGUUGGUCUCAAAGUCGUGUAAUGCUGACUCGUCAACUAUCAGCACA